AUGAAAUCCAGACAAGUUGUUAUUGCAUCGGAGUUUAAAGGAGCUCCUCAGCCAUCCAAUUUUAGGAUUGAUGAAGUAGAUUUGCCAGCCGUGAAGGAUGGAGAGGUCCUCGUCCAAAACCUUUUUUUGAGUGUUGAUCCGUACAUGAGGGCUUAUACCCAGUUCUUAAAGGUUGGAAAUACAAUGAUUGGUCAAGGUGUUGCUAAGGUCGUCGAAAGUAAAUGUGAUGCCUAUAAAACUGGUGAAAUUGUCCUCGCACGAUGUGGAUGGCGAACUCACGCCGUUGUCAGCGACCUUACCCUACUAGCGAAAUGCCCCGCUAGUUACUAUCCUGAUAUCUCUCCAUCGCUCUACAUUGGUGCACUUGGCAUGCCCGGAUUGACUGCAUACUAUGGUUUACUUGAUAUAUGCAAGGCUAAGAAAGGAGAAACCGUUUACGUUAACAGUGCUGCAGGGGCUGUAGGUAGUGUUGUUGGUCAAAUCGCUAAAAUUAAAGGUAUGAGAGUUGUUGGAUCUGCUGGAACGGAUGAAAAAGUCGCAUGGCUUAAAGAGCUAGGAUUUGAUGAGGCUUUCAAUUACAAGACUGCUGGUCCUAUUGGAGAUGUCUUGAAAAAAUAUUGUCCUAAUGGUAUUGACGUGUUCUUUGAAAAUGUUGGCGGUGAGGCAUUUGCACCUACUUUAUCGCUUAUGAAUUAUUAUGGACGCAUUGGAGUAUGUGGGGCUAUAGCUGGAUAUAAUGAUUCCCAACCACUUCAGGCUCCCCUAUUUCAUGGUCAAUUGAUUUCCAAGUCUAUAAAAAUUGAAGGCUUUCUGGUAACAACCCUGAUGACUCGACCGGAGGAAUUGAAAAAGGCCUUGGGUGAAAUGAUUGGCUGGUAUAAGGAGGGUAAGCUGAAGACGAGAGAGAAUAUACUUAACGGAUUUGAUAAGAUGCCAGAAGCAUUUAUGACAAUGCUGAAAGGAGGAGGCCACGGCAAAUUUUUAGUCAAAGUCUAA